GCAAAUAAUAGUAAGCUAAAUAUUCGCUGAAGACUAACAGAAAAGAAAAACAUAACACAAUUAAGAGACUAAGUAACCUUACACAGAAAGGAAAUACAACGCCUGCCGUAAACUGUAAUCCCUGGACUAAGGGUGAAAGGUGAAAGUGUAGCUUGUGAACUUGGAAAGAUGGCUGGUCGCCCUGUGCGAGAGUGGAGUAAUGAACAAUUAAACAGUGAGGACCUUCUAAAGAAGGAUAUUAUUAAGUUCUUGCAGGAUAAUGCAUCGGACACGUUUCUUGCAGAACACAAACUCAUGGGAAACAUUAAGAAUGUAGCCAAGACUGCCAGGAAAGAUAAUCUUAUUGUUGCCUACAACCAGCUCUUUGAAACAAAGGGCCCACCUAAGUAUACCAAAUCUAUACUGAAGAAAGGAGACAGAACUAACUUCCCUAAGAAGGGGGAUACCGUUCACUGCUGGUACACUGGAACUUUAGAAGAUGGGACAGUAUUUGAUUCAAAUAUUACAGCAGGUUCAAAAAAGAAGAAACAGGCAAACAAACCUUUAAGUUUUAAAGUUGGGAUGGGAAAAGUAAUCCGUGGGUGGGAUGAAGCUCUGCUGACAAUGAGUAAAGGUGAAAAAGCUCGAUUAGAAAUUGAAUCUGAAUGGGCUUAUGGUAAAAAAGGGCAACCUGAUGCCAAAAUUCCUCCAAAUGCGAACUUGAUAUUUGAAGUAGAACUGGUGGAUGUGGAUUAACUGAAGUAUUUUAGCACAUUUUACCGAAAUUACCACAGACUGUAUUAUCUUUUUUGACUGUAUAGAAAACCUUCAGUGCAAAUGUAUUGUUACAUGUUGUAAAUAAAAUUAUACAUCUUCUGUGCCUAAAA